AUGAACGAGCACGAAAAAAUUCCGAAACCCAAUAACCGGAAGCUCAAUCGGCAGUACAAUCGGGAUACCGGCAAAUUCUGCCGAUAUCAUCAACAGAACAUCCACAACACCGAAGACUGCAUUAGCCUGAGGAAGAUCGUUGAACGGCUUAUUCGGGAGAGAAAGCUGGAUCAAUAUAUUGCCAGACCACAGCAGGCACCAGCCCCAAACGCGAAUCGACAGAUCAACAUGAUCAGCACCAUCAGCGGAGGCCCCACUCUGGCGGGACCCUCUAACCGAUCAAUGAAGCAAUAUGUGUGUGCCGCUCACUACCCUCAGGUCUUCGGAAUAGAAGAUGAUCAGUACCGUAAGGUUCCGAAGGUGGAUUGGGAACCCAUCACAUUUUGCGAAGAAGAGGAAGAAGGGAUCAUUUACCCCCACGAUGACCCGAUGAUCAUUCGGGCCAAGAUCGGCGACUACGAUGUAGGUCGGGUACUGAUCGACACCGGGAGUUCGGUAAAUGUGAUUUUUGCCGACGCAUUCAAAGGUCUGGGAGUUGCCGACAGCAUAGUCAAUCUGCAGAUAACGCCUCUACUCAGUUUUUCUGGGGAUCUGGUCCAACCAGUCGGUAGUAUCAGUCUACCCAUCGCCUUCAGCGUUGCCCCCAGAAAAACAAUGACCUACGACCAAUACCUCAUCGUCGACUGUCCAACGGCAUACAACGUCAUCGUAGGACGAACGGCACUCACCGGGGUCAAAGCCUACUUAUCCCUCCACAUGUUGCUGAUGAAGUUCCCUACCCGGAACGGUACCAGAGCCAUCCGGGGAGACCAGCUCAGCUCACGGACGUACUAUGCAACUUCCCUUAAAUCGGUAGCUUGCAAACCUCCAAUGGAAGUCAUGUCUGUGUAG